UUUCAAUAGUUGUAUUCCUUUUACACUUAGGAGCAGCUCCGGAGCAUUACGCGCUUAUUCCGUUCGAAAAGUGUUUGUUGCACCACGCAUCUGAUCCACUAUCUGAUCCUUUCAAAUCGGGGCGAUUAACAACGGAACGAGUAGGUCGAGUGUUUUAACUCUUGAAAGGAAUACAACAUAUCUAAAGUGCGUUUUUUUUUAAAGAUAAAAGUCAAACUGACAAGGUUGGCAAUACAAUGUAAAAUUGUCAAUGCCUUCAAAUUUUUAAUGUAGAAAAGGCUUGUGUCUUUACUAAAUUUUUGACCUGGGGAAUUAUCUUUAAAAAAAAAAAAGAAUUUACUACUCGGAAAACAGUAUAAUUGUUCCGAGCAGAUUUUGUCCCCUUUCCAUUCAAUUUCAAUGAGAGAGAAAAAGACAGAAAAUAUUUUGAAGUUUAGGCUAUAAUCUAACCUAAAAAAAAUCAGCUGAUUGUUGUUUGUGUUUCUAGAUAAUUUAUUUAAAAUUUGAAAAUAAUAAAAUAUUCUCAAAUGGCAAAAUUAGCAACUCUCCGUGGUUUGAUUCAGGAACUCCGAUAUGCAGUUCCAAAUGCCACUCUAAAAGAUAAUCUUGCUUUCCAGUAUAUCAUGAAACAGUACCGUAAAUACAAUACUACAGAUCAACAAUUAUGUAAAGCCCAAGAAGAAAUGAACUAUAUCGCCAACACGUACUUGUGUUAUCUGAGAAGCUCCCGAUUAUCUCAAGAAAUCCACGACGAAUUUCACGGUAAAGGUGAGAGAACUGUCCAAGAGACUGCACAAAUGGUAGGAUUUAAACUGCCACAUGAUCCGAAAUAAGGAUAACUGGUAUUGGUAGUAACUAGAUUAAUAGGUAUUUGUAAAUAAAUAGAUAAUAAUAAUUUAGUCAACAAUAUAA